GCGAUAGAGCGGCGUGAGCUGAUGCUUGACACAAAUGAGAUGAGCGAACCUCUGCGGUGUUUGAGCCGCAAACAAGUCGGUAUGCUUGCCUGUUCGCACUCAUCAGGCUGUCUCGGACCAUCUGGGCGAGACAUGACUGACCAUCUUGAGCACAAGCGUCGGACAGAGCGAGCAGAGGCGAGGGCGGGCGUCGGUCGAACGCGUUACGUUGUCGGAUAGCGUGACGAGUCGACGACAGAGCGAUCACUGGCCAGCCCCUGCUGUCGGCUCAACAUGGACUAUCAGGACGACGAUGAUGUAGGGAGGAAUAUCUGGUCGAGCUCAAAUGAUCCCACGCCACCAGAACUGUCCGGCUUCAGCAGCUUUCCCUCGCUCGGCACACUCAGAUCAGGUCCUCACACUCAACCGCACUCUGACGAUGAAGAACACAUAGGGUUCGGUCGACAGGACCCUUUCGAGCCAGGCGGUGUGCCAACGGAGCAACAGCAGGCGGACGUACCGGGUCAGGAUGACUUUAUGGGCGCGAGUCGCGAUGAUGCGCUUCAGCUGCCUGGCCUUGCAAGUGAUCAUUCUCGAUCGUCAGUCAGCUUGUCAUCUGCCACAACAGAUGAGGAUGAUUUCGCCGAAGCGCCCGAGUCACACGAGGUCUCUUCCUACGUCCACGCAGAAUCAAUGGAACGCCACAACACCGUCGCGCCGAUCAGCACUACGCCAUUGGUCCUGGCACACAGCCCCGCAAGCGACCGCACAUCCCUAGAUACAGUUCAGCCGUCACUAACGAGACUAUCUAUCGAGCCCAGCAGCGCAACACAGGACGACUUUGACGACUUUGGUGACUUUGGCGCCGGCAACGAUGGUGCGCAAGACGACGAUGACUUUGGCGAUUUCGACGAAGUACCUGUUAGUGCUGCCUCGAUACGAAGGCCGCCUUCCUUCUCGGAGAUGGACGGAGGCUUCGAGAGCUUCAGACCUGUCGCAUCCGCUUCCAGAGUCAUGGAUAGUUUUGCCAGUCCUACAGAUCCGUCCGCCUGGUCUGCGUCCUCACAUACGCGGCCAAGUGUGACGCCAUUGGACCUCACGAAAGCGACAAGUGUUGAGGAGCUGGCUGGCCCGAUACAAGCCAUCCUCUCAGUCGUCUUCCCAGAAGAGACAUUGCCUCCGCUGGCGGAUGCUCCCAAUCGAUCCAGAGAGGGCUCAGAGAUACUCAUCUCAGAAGAAAGUCGGGAGCUGUACGCACAACUCUCACGUCCUCCACUAGGCCCACCACUCGACUGGAAACGAUCACGGAUACGCCGAGACUUCUUUAUUGCUCUUGGCAUACCUAUCAACCUUGAUGAGAUGACUCAACCCGCACAGAAGCCUGUCGCAACGCUGAUACUACCAUCCGAGCGUCCGGCGACGCAAGGCAAAGCGGGAUCCAAGCGCACGGUGCUUUCGCCAGAAGCGCUCGUUGCGUCGACGCUGCGGCGGGACCGUGCUCAAACGUUACUGUCACUCACGCCAGAGCAUCUCAAUCGGCUCGACGCGACUAAAUUGAAGUCACACCGGAACGAGCUUUGCAGAUUAUCAGAGAACGCGAGCGAGGCACUCACGAAGCUGCUCGAAGCCAGAGAGUCGCUGCAGGUCGACGAGGUGACAUAUAACUCGAUGAUACAGGACUUGGUGACUACUGCCCAGAAAGUCAAAUUACCAUCUUCGACCAAGCGUGGAUCUGGCAGAGCAUCGCCGCGAUCCUUCUUUGGCAAGGACAGACCGAGCAGUCCUGCUCCUCCUGAUCUACAUAGCGCGAGCGUGUCUCGACAGGCCUCCAUGCAAUGAGUGGUACCCCGCGUUUGCUUGGACGCGCUUCGAUCGCAUGCCAUCCAUCGCUUUGCGGACGGAAACUUGCCAUGAGACCUAAGGAUGACUUUGACAA